AUGACUUCGGCCCUUGAGGAGGCGUUGUCAUAUACUGGCGGCAAUGGAAAAUCGAAGGAGGGUGUCUCGCUCAAGAGCUUCUUGGCCUCGCUGGCGACGGCUAUGAUUGUCUUUGGAGUCGAGUUUCUACUAUUCAUGCUACUCAAAGGCAAAUUAACCCGCAUCUACCAACCACGAACCUAUCUAGUCCCAGACCGAGAGCGCACCGAACCAUCUCCGCCAGGCCUCUUUCGCUGGGUCGGCCCAGUCUUCCGAACCUCCAGCUCGGAAUUUAUUCAAAAAUGCGGUCUUGAUGCCUAUUUCUUCCUUCGCUACCUACGCAUGCUGCUCAAAAUCUUCAUUCCUAUGGGCCUUCUGAUCCUGCCAAUACUAUUGCCCAUCAACCGUGUGGGAGGAAAGGGUAAGACAUUCCAAAACGGUACUGACUCUGGCCCACGAUGGAAUGUCACUGGCUUGGAUCAACUGGCUUGGGGCAACGUGAAACCUGAGCACACCGGUCGCUAUUGGGCCCACUGUAUUCUGGCAGUGAUUAUGGUUUUCUAUGUCUGCGCCAUAUUCUUCGACGAGCUGCGAGGCUAUAUCCGUAUGCGUCAAGCCUACAUGACAUCCCCACAACAUCGACUACGUGCUUCUGCAACAACAGUGCUCGUCACAGCCAUCCCUCACGGUUGGCUGAAUGUCGACUCAUUGGACAAUUUGUUUGAUGUGUUUCCCGGUGGUAUUCGGAACAUUUGGAUCAACCGCAACUUCGACGAGUUGAAUGAAAAGGUCAAGGAGCGAAAUAAGAUUGCACUCAAGCUUGAGACUGCUGAGACGGAUUUGAUCGCCAAAUGCAAAAAGGCUGCUCUGAAGAAAGCCAAGGCCGAGGCGAAGAAGUCCGGAAAAAGCAAAAAGGAGAUUGCAAAUGAAGAAAAGGCCGCAACUGACCAACGAGCUGCUCAAAUGGCUAUGGGCCCUGGAAUCAGCUCCGGUGACCCUCAUCAGGCCCACACAUUGCGCGAGGUUCUGCAUCGACACCCCGAGACGCAUAAGCGUGGUGAAUCUGAUGGGUCGCGUACUGGUGGAGUCUUUGAUCCGGCACUUAUGGCGGCUGGCCUGGUUGGACACGGAGUGGAGAAGUUAGGGAAAACGGUCAAAGGUGGUCUCAAGAAGGUAGAGGUUGGUUUUGACAAUACAUUGAGCCGUAACGGUGGCUUUGUGGAGACGACCGACCAUGACCUGCCGCCUCGUGGAAGAAGCCCUCCCAUAUUUGAAGGUGAUUCGCCCACCGACGACCUACCUAUGGGAUCUGUUGAUUCAACGACAAAGCCCCGAACGCCCCAAGAAGGUCAGAGUGGCAGCAUGUGCCAAGAGACAAGACCUACCCCUCAGAAGCGGCCGUCUUGGAAGGAUCGCAUGUCAUCUCACCUAUCUACACACUCCAAAAGAUCUGGACCGGAGCCCGAUGAGUAUCCUCUGACGGGCCCUGAUUCUCCCACAACUGAUACCCCUCAUCGUGGAUCGACCAAGUCUAAGACACGUAAGGAACUCGGGGAUCGACGUAAAAGCCACAAGGAGGGUGAUGAGAUCGAGGGGGAAGAGUAUCCCAUCGCCUACAAUGAGGAUUUCGAUAAUGAAGACUAUGGAGAGCCACUCUGGAAGCAGUAUGUUCGGCAAAAGGACAGAGAGACGCACCGUCUUCCCAUCUUUGGUUGGAAAUGGAUGCCUUCGUUGUGGCUUCUUGGCAAGAAAGUCGAUACCAUUGACCAUUGUCGGAAAGAACUUGCGCGAUUGAACCUUGAAAUUGAGGUUGACCAACAGCAUCCGGAACGAUUCCCGCUGAUGAACUCUGCAUUCAUUCAAUUCAACCAUCAGGUUGCGGCGCAUAUGGCAUGUCAAUCUGUCGCUCACCACGUGCCAAAGCAGAUGGCUCCUCGAAUUGUGGAAAUCUCCCCAGACGACGUGAUUUGGGACAACAUGUCCAUGAAAUGGUGGGAACGUUAUCUCCGUACCUUUGGCAUCGUGACUCUAGUUAUCGCCAUGGUAAUUGGAUGGGCGUUCCCCGUUGCAUUCACGGGACUUCUGUCGCAAUUGUCAUACCUCGAGGGAGCGUUCACAUGGCUCGCUUGGCUCAACAAGCUGCCUUCGUGGUUCAUCUCUGCUAUCCAAGGUGUUCUGCCCGCACUUUGCUUAGCCAUUCUCAUGGCCAUCUUGCCCCUGAUACUCCGAUUCCUGAGCAAGGCUCAAGGCCUACACACCGGCAUGGCUAUUGAGUUGACCGUCCAGAACUACUACUUUGCAUUCCUGUUUGUGCAGCUGUUCCUGGUCGUCACUAUUGCCUCCAGUUUUUCGACAAUCAUUGACAAUGUCACGAAUGUGACCAGCUGGCCCGAGCUACUUGCCACAAACAUUCCCCGAUCCAGUAACUACUUCUUCUCCUACAUGAUUCUGCAAGCCAUGUCUGUGAGUGCAGGUGCUCUGGUGCAGAUCUUCGGCCUCAUUAGCUGGUUCAUUCUCGCCCCGAUCAUGGACUCCACCGCGAGGAAGAAGUGGGCUCGAACGACAAAUCUGAACCAAAUGCAGUGGGGUACAUUCUUCCCCGUCUACACCACCUUGGCUUCAAUUGGUCUGAUUUACUGUGUCGUUGCUCCACUCAUCAUGGUAUUUAACAUUAUCACAUUCAGUCUUUUCUGGUUUGUCUAUCGGUACAACACACUCUACGUGACCAAAUUCCGGUUCGAUACUGGUGGUCUCCUCUUCCCGCGGGCCGUGAACCAGCUUUUUACCGGGUUGUAUUUCAUGGAGGUGUGCCUGAUCGGCCUGUUCUUCCUCGUGCGAGAUACGCAGGGAUCAGUCUCCUGCAAGGGUCAAGCUAUUGUUAUGAUCAUCGUUCUUAUCAUGACCAUUGGCUUCCAAAUCCUUCUCAAUGAGGCAUUUGGUCCACUUCUGCGUUAUCUGCCAAUCACUCUCGAAGAUGACGCUGUUCGCCGUGAUGAGGAAUUCCACCGUGCUCAGCUAGCCCGACUCGGUCUUGGCAUUGACGCCGAGGACGAGGACGAGGAUGAUGCUAUUGAGCAUCGCCUCGCGAAUCGGGAGCGCAAGGAACAUCACCGGGACCGAGAUGCGCAUGACAUUGAACUGAAGGCGCUGGAGGCAGACCGUGAGGGGCGAAAGCGUCACGAUUCGGGUCUUUUGACUACACCUAAACUUGACACAAAGCGACCAUCCUGGGCCAACCGCUCACCUGAUCGGCGAUCGAAGUUCUUUGGAGAGAAUUCAGCCGGCCCAAGUCCUACUAUCAAGGCCCUCCGCGAGAAGAUGGUUCACGAUACCGAAGCACAAGGUCCAGCCACUAACAAUGUGGGCCAUGCCCUCUUUGCGGGUAUUCACGACGAAUUAGAAGAUCUCACUCCAGAUGAACGUGAUCAACUGGUACAAAGAGCCUUCCAACAUGAAGCCCUUCGCGCUAAGCGGCCCGUGAUUUGGAUUCCUCGAGACGACAUCGGCAUUAGUGAUGACGAGGUCUACCGCACACAACGGUUCAGCAAGCAUAUCUGGAUCAGUAACGAGUACCAAGCCCUUGAUGGCAAGUGUCGAACGAUCUUUAGCCGCAGUCCACCGGAUUUCUCGGAGGUGGAUCUGAUUCAACUGUAA